GAACUCGCCGUCACGUUACACGGGCUUCAUCUUGCGACUAUGACGCAAACAAAUCCCCACACAGGCAAGCACAAGCAAAGCAUCCCUCUGAAGUCCUCGACAACACCCACCAACCGAGUUCAAAGCACGCACCGUUAACACCCUCCCACCCACCAUGUUUCGUUUCCACAAAACCCUCGACGUCCUGACGCUGUUCCACUCGCCGUCGAACCCGCAGUCGGCCAAGGUUCUGAACCUCCUCAAGUCCGCGUCCGCGCAUGCCACCGACAGCAGCAUCACUGGCAAAAACCCUACCGCAUCGUUCGAGCUCGAUGUCAUCGAAGCUCCCACCGUUCCGACUCCCGACCAGCUUCGGUCCAUCCUCGAGUUCAUCGGCCCGAACAAGAUCGGCGACAUCGUGAAGGGCGCCAAGAGUGAGAGCGAGGCUGUAAGGAUGCUGAAGCAGGGUGGAGAGGUCAGCAGCGAGAAAGUUCUGCGCCCGCUGUUGGUUGAUUGGAACAAUGGCCGCGUAGUCCUUGGAGGUGAUGAGAAAGCUAUUCAGAAGCUAGUAGAAACCCUUCCCAAGUGAAUAUGAAUUCUUGCAGAAUAGAGUAGAUUAGAGCUACAUGGCUGGAACGGUUGCAAUGUUGAGAGAUGCAUCCCUCUAACCAAGUAACCAACCUUUCACGUGAAGUAUUCAUCGGUGCCCAUCUGAUAAAGACCUCUUUGGGUA